AAUUACAAUUAGAAGUUGGUGUGAAGAAAUAGACCUCAGUGAAAAGGGAGAAUACUAGAAGCGAAAGCAAUUCAUAUAUUGAGCGCGUUGUAUGUCCAGCUGAAGGGUGUCAGGGAUUUCUUUUUUGGCUUUGUACUGUCCUGUAGUUGACUCAGCGACGGAGAUUGUCCCUGCAACCCAGACAAUAUCUUAAAAGCGAGUUUGUUAGGAAUGGUAUGAAUACAGUGGAGGCGGUGGCGUGGGGGCUUGUGAAACGACGGGGAGAAGGGACCCCGGAAUUGUUCUCUUCUACCUUGUCCUGGGCAGGACUCCAGGUGGUGGUACCUGCAUGCUGCUGAAAUUUGGAACUGUGUUGAGGGCAGUCUUCACGGACAAGGGUAGAAGUGAACAGCCCCGCCGGGGCGUUGGCAGGGAAUUUAUGAGCUGGCAGCUUCCGUUCCGUAGUUGGGUUUCACCCUGUGGUUAUUGCACGCUACCUUCAGUCUAAUCAUGAAGGAAUGUGAAUACCAGCAGAUCAGUGGAACAGCUCAAACCCCUUCUUCGGUGCCGGCGACGACAUUACUGGAUGGUGGCACAAAGAAACCGCGACUUCAGCGCAAAUGGGAGGUAUUCCCAGGCAAAAACCGUUUCUACUGUGGUGGUCGGAUCAUGCUGGCUAGGCAGACCGGUGUGUUUGUGCUCACUCUGGGAUUGAUUUUGUGUACCAGCGGCCUUUUUUUCAUAUUCGAUUGUCCAUUCCUUACUGAACAUGUGACAAUUGCCAUUCCCAUUAUUGGAGGGCUGCUUCUUUUUUUUGUCAUGGGGUCCUUGCUGCAGACGAGCUUCAGUGAUCCUGGUAUCCUGCCUAGAGCUACUGCAGAUGAAGCUGCAGACCUGGAGAAACAGAUAGACAACACAGGGUCUUCUACCUACCGACCCCCUCCCAGAGUAAAAGAAAUUGCUAUAAAUGGACAGGUGGUAAAACUGAAAUACUGUUUCACAUGCAGAAUGUUCAGGCCUCCAAGAAGUUCACACUGCAGUUUGUGUGACAACUGUGUUGAACGGUUUGAUCACCAUUGUCCUUGGGUUGGAAACUGCGUUGGGAAGAGGAACUACAGAUUUUUCUACACCUUCAUCCUGUCACUUUCAUUCUUAACCUCCUUCAUAUUUGCUUGUGUUGUAACGCACCUUACACUUCGAUCCCAAAGAAAUGGGUUUGUCGAAGCACUGAAAGAGACCCCAGCCAGUGUGUUGGAACUGGUGGUCUGCUUUUUCUCAGUUUGGUCAGUUUUAGGCCUCUCAGGGUUUCACACUUACCUCGUGGCUGCUAACUUGACAACAAAUGAAGAUAUAAAGGGCUCUUGGUCUGGGAAGCGAGGAUCUGAGGACUUGAAUCCUUAUACUUACAAUAGCAUAAUUUCAAAUUGCUGUGCUACACUGUGUGGCCCCGUACCACCCAGUUUAAUUGAUCGAAGAGGAUUUGUCCAGCCUACUGCAGUGUUACUUCCAUUUUCUUCUCGUGAAGUUCCUUCCUACACGGAGAAAAGUGACUCCAACAUGUGUUUUCAGGGCAGUAAAUGGCUUGUGAAGACAACAUUGCGUCCACCCUUUUCAAGUCAUGUGAACUGCAAUCCAAGCACUGAAACAGUGCAUGUGAACCAGUCUUCUUUAAAUUCACAUUCUCAUCAAUGACUCUUCCACCUUUCUACCAGAACAGUUGGAACAGAAAUGCAUAUCAGCCAUCAAGGACUACUCUGUUUGAAGCACCUUCUGCCUUUUCUGUGGAUCUAAGCCAUAAAAGGACAAUUAAUAAUCUGGAUCAAAGAGGGUUUGAAAGGCUCGAAGGAAUGUAUGCCUCUCUUUUCACUUGAAACUGACUCCUGAAACAGGAACCAAUGAGGCAGCAACUGGAAAUUUGCAGAUUGUGUUUCUUAUUCACCUUUUCCUUUCAGACAUUGUACUUGAAGCAAUCUGUCAGAAUGUUUGACAUCUUUCAACUGGAACUGUAAGGCAGAGGGAAUGCAUCUGAACACUUGAAUAUACACAAGCUUUGAUUUUCCUUGCAGUGAACUAUCAUGGAAAUUAAAUGUUAUGUGCCUCUUAAGAUACAAAUAAUAAAACUCCAAACUUGAAAAUAUUAACUUGAAAUAAAUGAGGAUGAAGUCAUAAUUAACAUUCUCUUAACUGCAUAUACCACUUCUAACUUGAGUUGACUACAGUCUUUGUGCAUUUCACUUUGGGGAACAGUGAUAUCAGUGGGUACGACUGUGUGGGAGUUUGAAUUGUUGUCACCAAAAUCUUUCCUGAAAUAUUUGUCUCCCAUGGUUAUCUGAUUCAAAGUAUGAAAGACUUUACACUUCAUAAGUUAGGUCAUAAGUUUUUUUUCCUACUAUGUAAUUAAAUCUUUCACUGUAUGUCCCAAAGGCUGUGUUUAAAGAUCAGCUAAGCAUUUCGACAAGGGCAGAAAUGUUUCAUGUAUUAUUUAUUAUUGCAGAUGCAUUCUUUUCAUUUUCAGCGUGCAUUGUUUGUUGCAUAUCUUGGAACCUAGCUCUGUUUAGUUAUUCAUUUCGGACUUCAUAGUGUUUCUAUGUACUCUUCUUUCUUUAUAAUUCUGUGAUAACUAAAAUAACCUAACUAUGAUGCAACAAAUGGUAUUCAUGCAGGUAGCAACAGGCCGUAUUUUUGCAACUAGCAAGAAAGGAUGACUAUAUUUUAGAGCACAAAUACAGUUUUACCUUUACUCUGUCAACAAAAAAUUGAAGAGACUAAAACCAGAAAAUAAUAAAACUAACUGUUUAACUCUAA